AGCCAGGUGAAAACAGCCGGUUCAGUUGCUGCAUGCGAGUCCCUUACAGGAGAAACCCAAACUUGACAGCGGAGGGUAAUAUUCUGGGAAGCGAAUGAAGAAACACCUUUUGCUUCAAUUCACAUAUAGAGGACUAGUGAGAAAAGGGAAAAAGAGCAAAAGAAGAAAAUGGCCAAUUUUAUUUUGCGUAAAGCGGAGCCCAAAGACGUGCCUGACAUAUUGCGACUGAUAAAGGAACUCGCCAAGUAUGAAGAAAUGGAAGACCAAGUUAUAUUAACUGAGAAAGAUCUGCUCGAGGAUGGAUUCGGAGCUCACCCGUUUUACCACUGCGUGGUCGCAGACGUGGCAGCCGAGCAUCAGAAAGUCGAGGGUUAUUCUGUGAUUGGAUUUGCCAUGUACUACUUCACCUAUGAUCCUUGGAUUGGCAAACUGCUGUACCUUGAAGAUUUUUAUGUAAUGAGAGAGUACAGAGGUUUUGGAAUUGGGUCUGAAAUCCUGAAAACCCUCAGUGAUACAGCGGUGAAGAAUCGUUGCAGCUGCAUGCAUUUUAUCGUGGCUGAGUCCAACAAGGCAUCCAUCGACUUUUACAAGCGACGUGGGGCUUCCGACCUCUCGCUGCAGGAGGGAUGGCGACUUUUCAGGAUUGAUAAGGAGAAUCUCCUGAAAAUGUCUGCUGAAGAGUGAGCUGGCCCAAAGUUCCAGUGUUCAAUGAGGGAGUAGGGAUAUCUCACAGCCAUUUCUCAGUUUAAAAAAAAAACUUUAAUGACUGUAAAUAUUUUAGACACUGUGGGCAUUAUUAAUCAUGUUAACAUAACAAUUUAGUCUUGAGAUCGAGUUAUAGCAGUACUUGUAGUCAUAUUCUAUAGUUUGCAUGUCAGAUUAACUUAUCAAUAGUCAUCUAUUCAUUGAAUGCAUUGAAAAUAAAAAAUCUAAAAAGUAUUUGUAUUUAAUUUUAUGCAUAAGAUAACACCUUCAGGCAUUCCUCCCACAACAAAUGUGCAAGUCAUAAGGGUAAAAGAGUAAAAGCAGACUGCAUACUGCACUGUACUGUAAAUGAACAGAGAAUGGAUUGUUUCCUGGAGGGUGCUGUACUUUGCAGAAUGUCCCUUUGUUUAUGUCCAGACUAGGCCAAGUUCAUGUUUCAUGGGACAGAUUCUUAUCAACGUGGUUUGUGAAAUGGUAAUGUAAACUUAUGAAAGU